AUGCAUCUGCACGACCAACCCACCUCCCACCGCGACGCCCCAUACCCGGACCCGUCCAACACGGGCUCCGCGAGAGCCAUCAACCCCGCCGCGGCCCCCUCCGUCUCCCGCGACGCCUCGCCUGCCGCCGCCGAGACGACGCAGACCUCGUCCGGCCGCCGCCGCGGCCGCCCCUCCAACAUGCCCCUCGACAAACACAUCAACAAGCCCCUGCGUCGCCAUGUGUGGGCCUCCAAGGGCCGUGCCUGGACCCGCGCCGCCCUGGACCGCGAGCGCGCCGACUUCUUCGACACCCGCGUCACGGGCCGCCCCGAGGUCUGGCAGUCCCUGCGCGCCGCCCUCGAGGUCCUCUGGGACCCCGUCGGCCAGGGCGCCGCGGCGGACGGCACCAACGGCCUCGCGACGGCGCAGGGCAUCCUCGAUGCGGCCGAGAUCACGCUCCCGACGGGCGACCUCGCGCAGGGCGCGUACGACCAGCUGGGCAACUACUACGCCCUGGCAGAGUGGCUGGUCGCCGACCCGACCAACCUCGUCGAGGACGACGCCACCAUCGACGACGCCGACGAGGCGCUCUCCACCAGGGACCUCAAGGACGAUCUCGCCGGAGGGGAGGAGACCACGGAGGAGCUCGACGAGGACGAAGACGACAACGUCCGGCGGCGAGAAGAAAAGGGCAAGGCCGUCGUCGACGCCCGGGACCAGCUCUCGGUGCUGGCCCGCCUGAGCGAGACGGCGCGCGAUGUCACCGUCAACUUUGCAAAGUCGGACAGCGUCAGAGUCGUGGCCCGUAAGAUCCAGGAGGAGUCAGGACUUGCCGCCGCCAAAAAGGUCCGCAUCGCCUACAUGGGCCGCAUCCUCAAGGAGAACCUCUCCCUCACCGAGCAGGGCUGGCAGGAGAGCCAUGUGGUCAACGCCCUCGUCUUCGACCGAUAG